CGAGGAUAUGAACUCAAUGGAGCUCAGGGAAGAUGAUGUAGACGAGGGGCAGCUCCGUACCUAUAAAAAGACUGCCCCUGCCCCAACUGCCCUUCUCCCCCUCGAUCAAUUCUAACGCUUCAUCCAUCAUAAACGAUCUGAACAAGCGCCACGAGCGGAGCUCCGUUAAUUCCCUUUUCUAACACAUACCGCAUACCACAUACAUCUUCCAUAUCCUGACAAAAUGGGUUUCGGCUGGGGAGAGUCCGAGGAGGCCCACAGACAGGUCUACCGUGGUGAGGGCGAGCAGCACGAGGGCAAGUUCUCCCACGAGCUCAUCGCCGGUGCUGCCUCAUUCGAAGCCUUCAAGAAGUUCGAGGACCACCAGCGCAAGGAGGGCAAAACCGUUAACCACACCUUCGCCAAGGAGCUCCUUGCCGGCUUUGUCGGUGGUGAGGUCGACAAGCUCGCUGAGACCAAGGGACUCGACGAAGUUGACAAGAUCCGGGCUCGCGAGCAGGCCAAGAAGAAUGCUGAGCAGAUGUACGAUGACCACUACCGUGAUGCCGAUCAGUAUGACCCCAACAGAUACGGCCCUCCGGACCGCUUCAACUACUAGGCUGGAACAUGAUCUAGAUAGAAGUGUGGUAUUCACAUUAUAAUGAAUGGAAUGAAUGAUACAUUAUAUGAAC